GACUCCCACCUUGGGCCUCUGCCAGCCUGGCACUGAUACCCACGGGCAGAACUGAGACGAAAGAGAGGGACCCUGGGGAGUAUCAGCAGCGGCCAAUCCCAGAAGACAUCUAUGUCAGGUGGUUUCUAGAAAUCGAAAGUAGACUCUUUUCUGAAGCAUUUCCUGGGAUCAGCCUGACCACACUCCACCCUGGGAGAGGCUUGUGGGUCGAAGGAGCAGUCUGCAGAGGGCUCCUGUGGCUGGAAGCGAGAGGGCUCCAGCACAGCCAUUGCAGCUGCCCCAGCCAGGAUCUGGGCAUCCAAGCACAGCCAUGGCCCCUCCGAGGCUCUUCUGGGUGUGGUUGCUGGUCGCAGGGACCCAAGGCAUGAACGAUGGUGACAUGCGGCUGGCCGAUGGGGGCGCCACCAACCAGGGCCGCGUGGAGAUCUUCUACAGAGGCCAGUGGGGCACUGUGUGCGACAACCUGUGGGACCUGACUGAUGCCAGCGUCGUCUGCCGGGCCCUGGGCUUUGAGAACGCCACCCAGGCUCUGGGCAGAGCUGCCUUCGGGCAAGGAUCAGGCCCCAUCAUGCUGGACGAGGUCCAGUGCAUGGGAACUGAGGCCUCGCUGGCUGACUGCAAGUCCCUGGGCUGGCUGAAGAGCAACUGCAGGCACGAGAGAGACGCUGGUGUGGUCUGCACCAAUGAAACCAGGAGCACCCACUCCCUGGACCUCUCCAGGGAGCUCUCAGAAGCCCUUGGCCAGAUUUUUGACAGCCAGCAGGGCUGCGACCUGUCUAUCAGCGUGAGUGUGCAGGGUGAGGACGCCCUGAGCUUCUGUGGCCACACGGUCAUCCUGACUGCCAACCUGGAGGCCCAGGCCCUGUGGAAGGAGCCAGGCAGCAAUGUCACCUUGAGUGUGGAUACCGAGUGUGUGCCCAUGGUCAGGGACUUUCUCAGGUACUUCUACUCCCGAAGGAUCGACUUAGCCCUGUCGUCAGUCAAGUGCUUCCACAAGUUGGCCUCUGCCUAUGGGGCCAAGCAGCUGCAGGGCUACUGUGCGAGCCUCUUUGCCAUCCUCCUCCCCCAGGACCCCUCGUUCCAGAUGCCCCUGGACCUGUAUGCCUAUGCACUAGCCACAGGGGACACCCUGCUGGAGAAGCUCUGCCUGCAGUUCCUGGCCUGGAACUUCGAGGCCCUGACACAGGCCGAGGCCUGGCCCAGUGUCCCCACAGACCAGCUCCAGAUGCUGCUGCCCAGGAGCGACCUGGUGGUGCCCAGCGAGCUGGCCCUACUGAAGGCCGUGGACGCCUGGAGCUGGGGGAAGCGCGCCUCCCGUGAGGAGGUGGAGGGCUUGGUGGAGAAGGUCCGCUUCCCUAUGAUGCUCCCUGAGGAGCUCUUUGAGCUGCGGUUCAACCUGACCCUGUACUGGAGCCACAGGGCCCUGUUCCAGAGGAAAACCCUGCAGGCCCUGGAAUUCCACACUGUGCCCUUCCAGUUGCUGGCCCGGUACAAAGGCCUGAACCUCACCGAAGAUGCCUACAAGCCCCGGAUUUACACCUCGCCCACCUGGAGCGCCUCUGUGACGGACGGUUCCUGGAGUGCACGGAAGUCACAGCUGGUCUAUCAGUCCAGACGGGGACCUUUGGUCAAAUAUUCUUCUAAUUACUUCCAAGCCCCCUCUGACUACAGAUACUACCCCUACCAGUCCUUCCAGACCCCACAACACCCCAGCUUCCUCUUCCAGGACAAGAGGGUGUCCUGGUCCCUGGUCUACCUCCCCACCAUUGAGAGCUGCUGGGACUACGACUUCUCCUGCUCCUCCGACGAGUUCCCCGUCCUGGGCCUCACCAAGUCUGGCGGCUCAGAUCGCACCAUUGCCUACGAAAACAAAGCCCUGAUGCUCUGCGAAGGGCUCUUUGUGGCAGACGUCACCGAUGUCGAGGGCUGGAAGGCUGCGAUUCCCAGUGCCCUGGACACCAACAGCUCCAAGAGCACCUCCUUCUUCCCCUGCCCAGCAGGGCACUUCAACAGUUUCCACAUGGUUAUCCGCCCCUUCUACCUGACCAAUUCCUCGGGUGUGGACUAGAUGGCGUGGCCCAAGGGUGGUAAGAACCCGAGAACCCCAGGACGCCCUCACUGCAGGCUCCCCUCCUUGGCUUUCUUCCUCUCUGCAACAAUCAUCAACAACGUCCACCAGAUGUCCCCCUACUCCCCUGAGCGCUCAGCUUCAAGACGACUUCCACUCGUGUGUGCCAGGAGUUCUCCCACUGCCUCACCAGUUUCCAGGUGGUAAGCACCAGGGCGCCCUCGAGGUGGCUCUGGGGUCCCCCCACACCCCUGGUCAGUCUACCCUUGUCACUGGUCUGAGGUCAUUAAAAUGACAUUGUGGUUCCUACA